AUGUACCAAUACCCCAGCUUCCCAGACUUCUUAGGACGCAGAAACCCUAUUUGGGCCGAUCACCUCGUGCCCGGGUCUGCGUGGAGUCUCUUUGACGGUUUGCGUAACCCCGAUUUCUUCCCUCACGUACCAGGCAUCGGCCGCCAGGCAAGUUUAAAGGCCGGUGGCUUUAGUUUGCCUGGAGAGUUUGCUUCGUAUUUCCGCACGAAGCAGCAGCUUCCGCUGCAGGACGACGGGGUGUACAAACAGCAGCAGGAGCGGCCUCCAAGGAAGCUGAACUCGGAGACAACUUUGGGGGCAUUUAUUACAAUUGCUGCAGAGGGUGACUAUGAACCUCAGCGUUUAGUAGAACGCCAUUUAAAAGACUUGGGCUUCCCUUCUUCUUUUGUUUGGUGCUGGCGUCUCGCUGCUUUUUGCUUCUUUUUUCUUCUUUUCGUCUCCGUAGAUAAAUGCCAGCCGCAGUCAACACAUCCUACUCAAGCGCCAUUUCCCUUCUGGACUCGGGUGGUUCUUGCUGCUCUUGCUGCAGCAGCAGCAACAUUUUUGCUGCUGGCUGCUGCGUGGUGGGGUGUAGAGGCAGCUGCUGGUCGCCGCUUGGCUGUGGCUGCUGCAGCAGUUGCUGCUGCUGCUGUUGUCUUCCGGCUGGUGCUGCCGCGGCUGCUGCCCGCAACGCCGCAAGUAGAGCAGAACAGCAGCGGAGGUAAAUAUUACGACUUGGGAAUUUGUUUGCAAGUGCCCAGCGGCAUGUCUGCUGCUGCAGGAGCAGGAGGAGCAGCAGCAGCAGCAGACUCACAAGCAGCAGCAGCACCAGAGCAUAAGCAAGGCACUGUUAUUAGGUGGACAACCACUCCUGCUCUGGGCCCGCUGCUGCAAGACACCAUCAGAAAGUGUCCUGGUAUUGCUGCUGCUUCUCCUGGUAGUGCUGCAGCAUCACCAGCAACAGUCACCAGCACAACAGCUGCAGCCUCCUCUGAUGCCUCUUCUGUCUAUGGUGCUGCUUAUAAGAAAAGCGCUGCAGUUGGGGUGUAUGCACAGCAGCCAUUCCUCCAAACAAGGGCAGGGAGCCUCACCAACAUCUCCCCACACAUCGCCCCACAAAAAUCCGCUUCCCAGGGCUCCAUUUAA